UAGAGAAAUAUCUCAGGCAAGUUGAAAAGUCGGGUCAAGGAAGUGUUUAGCCUUGAUCUUAAGUAUAUUUUAGAAAUGGGCUACAAAUGCUGAGGCGUGUGCCCACUGAGCUGUUCCAGCCCCAUGGUUAUUAGUGUUUAUCUUCACUAAGGGCUCAUUCCAGCACAUGGCAGCAUCUUGCACUGUGCUGCACGGCUGUUCCCUGCCUUUGCCAUGGAGCUCUUGGGUCCAUCAGUCCCUUUAGGCCUGGUCUAAGCCUGUGGUGUAGCUCUGCCACCCAGAGCCAGGCUCGCUGCUGCUGGGGCUGUGCUCGCCCAUCACCCGGGCUCCAGCCUGCCCGGGAUGUCCUGAGCUCUUCCUAAAUCCGUGUGAGCUCAUGGCACUCAGCUACUUGGAAAAAUCACCUCUCCUGAAAGGUGUCCUGAGCUCUCCUGAGCCUGUGUGAGCUCAUGGCACUCCACUGCUUGGACAAUCACAUCUUCUGAAAGGUGUCCUGAGCUCUCCUGAGCCUGUGUGAGCUCAUGGCACUCCACUGCUUGGACAAUCACAUCUUCUGAAAGGUGUCCUGAGCUCUCCUGAGCCAGUGCAACCUCAUGGCACUCAACUGCUUGGAAAAUCACAUCUUCUGAAAGGUGUCCUGAGCUCUCCCAAGUCCGUGUAACUUUUCUCUUUUAUCUGAGCCAGAUAUUUGAAAACUUUGUACAAGCAUCAACAUGCAAAGGCACCAUUCAGGCCUUCAGUAUUCUCGCUCACCAACUUGAAUUGGAUCCUUUGGACAAUAGAAAUCUUUACACCAAACUGAAAUCAAGAGUGACCACAUGGAAAGCCAAAGCUUUGUGGAACAAGCUUGAUAAAAGAACCAUUCUGCUGCUUGGAAAAUUACACUUCUGAAAGGUGUCCUGAGCUCUCCUGAGCCUGUGCAACUUCAUGGCACUCCAUUGCUUGGAAAAUUCACAUCUUCUGAAAGGCAGGGCAUGUAAAACAUUCAUGCUUUUACCUCACAAAGCUCUGCAGAGGAGGCAUGAAACAUGCUAUAAAUGAAGUACUCAGAGGGGAAAACAAAAAUUUCCUGACUUUAUUCUUGGCACCAAAUAUUUAAUCAUGACAUUUGGUCUAAGAAAAUGUACAAACUCUCAACAUUGCCAAUUUAUUUUACCCACAAAUCCACAACAGACUGAUGAUGUGCAUACAAAGGUUAUUUAUUUUGAGCACAGACAGGGAAUGUGAGUAUUCCAAAUGCUUCCUUAUAUCUCCCUGUGGGAUCUCUUUAAUAAGUUGCAUAAUAUUUUUCUGUAUUAGAGGAUGGUUAGAUAGACAUGGUGGGUCUCUACUUAAAUACAUUGGUUAUGUUUCCUUUUUUCUUCUUUGAAGGAAAUGCAAGCAGAGAACGAAUAGAUUGUGAACAGUGUUAAACUGAGAAGCAUGACUUCAAAGGCCUUUCUAACAAUUUAUUCUGAAACUAUCAGCCAACAGAUGACAUUCCAAGUAAAAUAACUAAUUAUGUGGGAAGCUAGGCAAGCAUUGAUUUAGUUUUUGCUUUCUUGGACUGGCAGAUAAUUCUUUAAUAGCAAGAAAAAGAAUACAUGACUUAAAUUUCUGAACUUGAGUCCAGGUAAACCUUCUUCUGAGGACAAGUUUAUACAUAACCUGUAACAGUUUUCUUGGAAAAACGUGAAAGCCAUUUGGAAUCUUUCUGUGGACCUUGGCUGACUCUAAGAUGCUCCCCAUUAGAGCUGGAGAGCAAGGUUAAAGAAGGAUAAGGGAGUGCUGCAAUGAAAGUAUUUUAGUUCUUUGAAACUCGUGUUAAUUUAGAAUAGCAUUGCUCUUGCAGGAUGUCAGGGUAUUUAUCUGGAAUAUCAGGCACAGUUUGACAGUGAUCAUGUUACUAGGAAAAGCCAGUGGGGCUUAGCAGGCCAAACAUCAUUACUUUCUAUCAUCAGCACAUGACAAGGUAAGGCUCCAAAGACAUAACUUCAGCACUGGACAUGUGGAGACGUGGAGAUAAAAUUCCUUUCUAUGCACUAGAGCACCAAACCCUUUCUCAUUUUGGCAAGAGUUUUAGGAAGAGGGGGGCUCUCUAUGAUUGCUUGUUUUCUGGUUUCUUCAGUUCUGGUGUAACUUAUGAUGGUGUUUGUGUGCAGGCUGUUUUGUGCAUUUGCUUGUGGCAAGUGAUUGUGCCAAUUCUAAAUUGCUUUGGGUAAGCUGCACCCUUGGCCCUAACCUGUGCAACAGCAUAAAAAAAUCCAUCAAGCCAUGUUAACUUCUGGCUGCAGGUUUCUAUGGAUUCUUAAGACCAAAAUGUCACUUUUUGUUACAUAAAUUCUGCUUGGGGAAAGAAUGUGGACACUGGAGUUUGUUCAUCAGUUGUCUAAGACUGAACAAAAAAACAAAAAUGAAAGAAAUCCUCAAGCUCUCAGUGAAGCUGGUUUUCUUGUAGCAGUAGGCUCGAGUUCGCAGGGGUUUUAUGAGUACAAAUCACGAUAGCACGAGUGUGUCAUGUUUGUAACACUGGGGUAGCACUGCUAACUUUUUGUGCCUUGUCUAGUCACUGUGUGCUGGGGUUUAAUGUUCAUAUUGUGUGUGCAGUUUGUGGGUUUAAUUUGAUCAUGCAGAGCCUGCUUUAAUAUGACCUGUAUUGGUCUUUUCUAGGAAUAACAUGUGUGGAAGUACUUGCUGUUGUUGAUCACCUGUACCCCAGCACAAGAGCUCCAGCUUAAUCAUUCUCCUCAAGCUCUGCUCUCAGAACAUGGGGGAGAACGAUGAUGAAAAAUACAAUCAAGCUGGCCAGAUAUUUGAAAACUUUGUACAAGCAUCGACAUGCAAAGGCACCAUUCAGGCCUUCAAUAUUCUCACUCGCCAACUUGAGUUGGAUCCUUUGGACAAUAGAAACUUUUACACCAAACUGAAAUCGAGAGUGACCACAUGGAAGGCCAAAGCUUUGUGGAACAAGCUUGAUAAAAGAGCAAGUCACAAAGAGUAUAAACGUGGGAAGUCUUGUAUGAACACUAAGUGUUUAAUUAUUGGAGGUGGCCCCUGUGGCCUGAGGACUGCCAUAGAGCUUGCCUUCCUGGGAGCCAAGGUUGUGGUCGUGGAGAAGAGGGACACUUUCUCAAGGAACAAUGUGCUGCACCUCUGGCCCUUCACCAUCCACGACCUCCGGGGACUGGGAGCAAAGAAAUUUUAUGGGAAGUUCUGUGCAGGAUCUAUUGAUCACAUCAGUAUUCGACAGCUUCAGCUCAUCCUCUUCAAAGUUGCACUCAUCCUGGGAGUGGAAAUUCACGUGAACCUGGAGUUUGUGAAAGUCCUGGAGCCUCCUGAAGAUCAAGAAAACCAAAAGACAGGUUGGAGGGCUGAAUUUCUCCCCAUGGAUCACCCUUUGUCAGAGUAUGAAUUUGAUGUUAUCAUUGGUGCAGAUGGCCGCAGGAACACGUUAGAAGGCUUCAGGAGGAAGGAAUUUCGUGGAAAGCUGGCCAUUGCAAUCACUGCCAAUUUUAUAAACAGAAACACAACUGCAGAAGCCAAGGUAGAAGAAAUUAGUGGGGUUGCUUUCAUCUUCAACCAGAAGUUCUUCCAGGACCUGAAAGAAGAAACGGGCAUUGACCUGGAGAAUAUUGUUUACUAUAAAGACAGCACGCAUUAUUUUGUGAUGACAGCAAAAAAGCAGAGUCUUCUGGACAAAGGAGUGAUUAUUAAUGACUCCAUUGACACCGAGCUGCUGCUCUGUGGGGAAAAUGUGAACCAGAGCAAUUUGCUGUCCUAUGCCAGAGAAGCUGCUGACUUUGCAACCAAUUACCAGCUGCCUUCCUUGGAUUUUGCCAUUAAUCACUAUGGGCAGCCAGACGUAGCAAUGUUUGAUUUUACCUCCAUGUAUGCAUCUGAGAACGCUGCACUGGUGAGAGAGAGGCACAGACAUCAGCUCCUGGUGGCCCUUGUUGGAGAUAGCUUGCUUGAGCCCUUCUGGCCGAUGGGCACUGGCUGUGCCCGGGGCUUCCUGGCUGCCUUUGACACGGCGUGGAUGGUGCGGGGCUGGGCACAGGGCAAGCCCCCGCUGGAGAUCCUGGCUGAGAGAGAGAGCAUUUAUCGACUCUUGCCUCAGACGACCCCUGAAAAUAUUAAUAAGAACUUUGACCAGUACACCAUCGACCCAGGAACAAGAUACCCCAACUUGAACUCGAGCUGUGUUCGACCUCACCAGGUGAGGCAAUUAUAUGUUACCAAUGAGCUGCAGCAGUGUCCUCUGGAAAGGGUGAGCUCCAUCAGAAGAUCAGUGAACCUCAGAAGACAAGAGUCAGAUAUUCGGCCUAACAAGCUUUUGACGUGGUGCCAGAAGCAGACAGAGGGGUACAGGAACGUGAAUGUCACUGACCUGACCACCUCGUGGAAGAGUGGCCUUGCCCUGUGUGCCAUCAUCCAUCGCUUCAGGCCUGACCUCAUUGACUUCGAGGCUCUCAAGGAGGACGAUGUGGUCAGGAACAACCAGCUGGCGUUCGACGUGGCCGAGCAGGAGUUCGGGAUCCCGCCGGUGACCACGGGCAGGGAGCUGGGCUCGGCCGGGGAGCCCGACAAGCUGAGCAUGGUGCUCUACCUGUCCAAGUUCUACGAGCUGUUCCGGGGCACCCCUCUGCGAGCUGUAGAUGCUGCUGAGAAGCAAAAUGGAGAAAAUAAUGAUCUUGGUUCAGCAAAAUCAUCGAAUUUCAUCUUUAAUAAUUAUAUCAAUUUAACUUUACCAAGAAAACGAGUACCAAAGGCUGAAGGGAAAACAGAAGAAAACGAGACAAACAAAAGGCGUCGGAAAGGACUCUUUGGUGUCUUUGAGCAGACUGCAGGCUUUCCAAGCCAGGGGACAAACAAUGGGAAAGAACAGAGUGAUGGCAGAGAAGGAAUGAACCAGAACAAAGUCAAAUCCAUGGCAACUCAGCUGCUGGCAAAGUUUGAGGAGAACACUUCCAAUACAAUUCUGCGGAGACAGGGUUCUCUGCGGAAAGAAUUCCCCAAGUCCGUCGGGGGCAGUGACAUUUGUUAUUUCUGCAAGAAGCGGGUCUAUGUCAUGGAGCGGCUGAGUGCAGAGGGCCACUUCUUCCACAGGGAGUGCUUCAAGUGUGAAAUAUGUGCUACCACACUCCGCUUAGGAAUCUAUGCCUUUGAUGUUGAGGAAGGUAAAUUUUAUUGUAAACCUCAUUUUACGCACUGCAAAACCAGUACAAAACACAGAAAGAGAAGGGCAACAAUACAGAUCCAUGGACAGGAGGCCAUAGACGCGUGGAAGAAAGUGGAAGCCAAGGCCACAGAGAUCAGCACAGAAAGCACUUUGUCCACUGCUAGCAGUCCAGAGGACAGGUCCCCAGGUAUCCUGACUUCCUUCUUAGGGGGCGCGCUAAGCUGGCCCCUGCGGGUGACCAGGGAUCUGCUUGACAUUCCCAGCCGCCUGGCUAACUGGAUGCAUGGUGUCCUGCACGCUACCCACCUGCAUUUCAGGGACAAUGCCUAUAACUAUACCUACCUGUACGAGCUGCUGAGCCUCGGGGUGCCGCUGCUCUGCGCCCUCCUGGAGGUGCUCACUCACAUGUACCGGGAGGCAGAGCUCUCACUUGAGAACGUGCUUGAAUGGGUGAAGAGAUUCUGUGGGGUCUGACUCGUGUCUUGCUCAGUCGUGCCUUUCAGAUUUUCAGGAUUAACAGCCUGGCUAUUUUCUCCAGGGGGGGGGUUUGGUUUUGGAGGGUUUUGGUUUUUUGUUUCCUAUGCAAUUUCACGCGUGGCUUCGUUGAAUGGUGGGUUCCUUCUGAUAGAAGCGAGGUACAAUCAAAAUUUUCAACACAAAAUGUACUGUAUGUUAGAGCAUGAAGGACAGUGUCCAAACACAUUUCCAGAACAUGAACUCAGAUGAAGGAUAUAUUUUAGAUUAUUUCCCUCCCUGUUUUAUUCUGUGAUCACACCAUUGGAGAAGAUGGCAUAUUUUGAAACCAUUUUUCUCCUUACUCUCCCCAGCUUGUUUUUUUCUUUUUUAUUCAGUUAGACCAAGAAAGAAUGUGUGUUCUUUCAGGAAUAUUUCUGACAAAUGACUGGGUUUUGAAACCUGAGUAUGGCACAUAGCUUUUUUUUUUUCCUUGCUUUCAUCUUUGCUCUAGGUUAUGAGGUUUAUAAGUUGCAUGAAUAUGUUUUAAAAAAAGUCAUGUACCUAAUUCAUGUUGCUCCUAGUCAUGCCUUUUACAUUGCUUGUGAAGGAUACCUUUUAUUGAUAGUGGGUAUUAUCUGUUCUACUAAUUUAUUUGAAAUUUUUAAAUAAAUUUGAAGAGCAAAUCAUAGUUGAGUGAAGGCUUGAUUGAAAUUUUAAGUCAAAGGAACUGGUAGGAAGAAGUAGACCAGGCACUCCUCAAGUCAAGGCUUCCUCAUUUGGUGGCUGAUAUGAGGAAUAUCAAUUUAUGGAGAGCUCCUUGUAACUGAAGUCACUCCUAUUGUACCCCUGGGCAAGCACUGCUCCCAGUGUCUUUUGGAAUUUUUAAAAAACACAGAUCUAGAGCAAACAUCAAAAGCCUCUAAAUGUAUUCUUAGACAAUAACUUCUUACUUGGGUAAUUCAUUUCAACGUGUGCAGCUGGUGGCAGAAAGGUGAAAUUCUAUUAUCUGGAGCAGCAGAUGAGUCAGUUUCUUUCAGAUGUCCCCCAGCAAGGUCUACCUUAAUCAGAAGGUCCACCUUAGUCAGUUAAACAGCAAGGACACAGUGACAUCCCAAUGCUCAUUACUUUCAGCCUAGUUAGCCAGCCAGGUAAGCAUACUCCCUGCCUUUCAAGUCCUUAUUUAUACUCAGAAGUUUACCAGGAAAUAGGUAAAUCCUUAAACAUGGCAGUAUGUGUAGCUGAAAAUGAAAAGCAUCUGUAGCAUUUAUUUGUAGCCAGAAGAAUGUGGCAUGGACAAUAGGAAAUGGUUGCAUUCAGUUAGUACCAAAACUGAGGAUCACCUGCCAGUGGUCUCAAAUAACUGUGCUGCCUAUGGGCUGGCAGGUCUUGGGGUUUGUUGUUUUGUUUUGUUUUGAUUUAAUAUAAUGUGGGAAAAGAUGAUAUGAAUUGUUUUGCUUCUUAGCAAAAGGAAAUGUGUCUGCUGUUUAAAAUAAAUGACAAACUGGAUCUUUCUUCUAGAUAGUUUGACUUUCUUUAAACUAUGAGGAUGAGCUUUUCACAUUUUAGAGUGAUUAUAUAUUUUGGGGGGGAAAUUGUUAUUUUUAUGCACAGAACUUGAAAAAAUGCUUGAAGAAAAUGGUUAGAUUAGGUAGUAUUCCUUUUCAUAAAUUGCCAUUAAUGCUCAAACAUGUAUUCAGCCAAACUUUGCUACAACAUUGAGUGGGCACAGCAAUAAUUACAGUUACAUGGUGGCUGUCUGUAUAUGUAUAAUGUACCUGCACCUUUCUUACAACAUUUAAAAAACCCAGCUUGGAAACACUGUAUUAUUUUUAAUUAUUGGCUAAUGAUAGUAACUGCUUCACCCCAAAAAGGAGACAGCCUGCAGUGUGGUUGCUCCUGCAACACAGCAAACUGCUGAGUGGUCAAGUUUCCAGAUUUGGGCUGCCAUCAAUUUUGGUUUCAGUUUGUCAAUAGGAGAGUCUUUAGGAACACUUCUUCCUAAUGUUUUCUCCUGCUGUUUGCUAUGGCAGAGUGAACAUAAUGGUAAAUGUAGAGAAAAUGGUGGUGCAGUAAGAAACUUGGAAAUCUCUGGCCAAUGAACUUAAACCAAAUGAAUCUUACUAGUAGAAAGUGUAAAAAUAAGAUUAAAAAAUUAAAAUACGGUAUUGGUUUUAUACAGAUUUGUAUAAUGGGGCAUAAAUCCCUGUAUUUCCACAGCAGAAUUCAGGAAUUUGCAUGAUGAAAAUGUUUUUAAUUACCAUGCGUGUUCCACUGGGAUUCUGCAGGUGAUUCUGUUGAGAGGGUUAUUUUAUUGGUAUCACUCUGAUUGGUCGAUUUUUUUUUUACUUCUUCAUCUUCCUGUUCUGCUAGUAAUACUCAUACCUGCUUGUCCUGGUUGAUAAUUGAAUGAAAAAAAGGCAGUUUCAUUUUGGCCAGUUGUUCUCUGUACCGAUGUAAUCUUCCUGAUGCUUUCCUCCAUAACCAAGUGAAGUUCUGUGUUUUCUUCCCUGCUGUCUUCUCUGCCAAUCUCCCUCAUUGCUUUUAGUCCAAUUCAACAUUCCGGUGCUGCACCCGCUCACUGGCUGAAGCCUUUUCUGCUCUCAGGUGAUUUUUUUUUUCCCGUUCCAAAAUUACAUGACUAACCCUGUUGUUUGACGUCAUUUCAUUGUGUGUUUUGGGUUUGUUUGUUUGUUUUUUUUAACUGUUGGAGCAAUCUGUGUGUCUGGUAUAUUAAUGGAGCUUUGGCAUGAUUAUUUAACCUGUUGCUGAAUUCACAGUCCUAGAAAAGAUAAUGUCUGUGCUCUUUGUAGGGAAUGUUUUUCUCUCUGUGUCUGUGCAUGUGCCCUUCCCUGUGCCUUUAAGGUAAGUUAGGCAAGCAAAGGGUUUCUUGAAAGAACUUGUUAAGGCCUUAUUCUUUCAAAGAACUGUGAAGGAAAGGUUUAAAAUUAGGCCAGGGUGUGAUUACCCAGCUGAUUCUCCAGGUUAACCUGUUUGCACGGAGCUCACACACUCCAUGAGCAAGCAGUGUCUGAGCACUUCCCUGCUUUCCUACUGGAAAAGUCUGGUACAAAAGGUUCUGCAGAAAAAGUAGCCAAAACCGUGCAAAUUCCAGUGUUCCACCCCAAGUGACACCUUUAGGCAGGCCUAAGAGUUCCAGAGUGCUUUGGUCUGGCAGGUUUUAUUCCCUUGGUUGGCACUCUGGUGGAUGGGUUUCUCUUCAGCACCCCGCUCCACAACCAACCCCCACCAUGAUUUUGUGUCUGUUUUUUCACAUGAGUUCCACUUGGUGUAAUCACCAGGGGACAGUCUGGCAGGGGAAAUGAAUCCCAGCAAGAACCAAGGGCUCAGGCUGACCAGCAAGUGCACUGAGCCUGGCUGGUGUGGUCCUGACCCAGCUGAGGAUCCCUCUCAAAGGGAAGGGCCUUGGAACUGAUCUUAGGAGCAGCUUUAGGAGGGGCAAACAUCCUGCCCCAUUUCCCAGCCUCAGGCAGCAUGCUCCUGAUCCUGCUGGUCUCUACAUUUGCAUGACUCAGCCAAUAGUAUUUAUUUGUGUGGGUAUCCUAAAAUGACUUGAGGGCUCUGAAAGUCCCCACGCUGUGCCCACACAGAAUCUCUCUGUGUUUCCAGUGUCACUUCCUGCACAAAUGGCUGGGAUGUGACUCCCAGUGUGUUUCAGGGCUGCAGUGUGUUCUUACAAAGCUCAGCAUGCUUUAAUAUGAAGGUCAUGACAUUAAGGUCUGCCAUUUCAAACCACUUCCUAUUGCUGUGUUUUUUACUCUCUGUUGCAGAGUCUUCCUUGCUCUUCCUGCCCAGUGAGGAUUCUGUCCUUCUCCUUUUAAAUCUUCUGUCUUCAUUUUACUUGAUAAUCUUAACUGAAUAUUUUUAUUAAGUAGUUUUUAACUCUGUAUUUAAAUUUUCACAUGAAGUUCUGUAUUUUGCACACGACGAAAAUUGUUUUAGCUUUAUUUAUGAUAUCUGCUGUAAACAAAAAUAAAUGUAGUUCUUUAUAAGUC